GGAAUGUUGGGGGGUGUUCUGCCGGCGUGAGACUGGGAGGCACCGGCUGCGGUAGCGGUGUGAGCGACGGACAGCCCAGCCCAGCCCAGCCCAGCCCAGCCUGCUGCAGGAGGAAUAAAGCAACGCCGCUCACCGCUUAUUCCCCCCACAAAAAAAAAUCUCACUCCAUACCUCUUUAUUGCAAAAGUAUUCGCUGCAAACAUGGUAGACCGCGAGCAGCUAGUGCAGAAAGCCAGGCUGGCUGAGCAAGCCGAGCGGUACGACGAUAUGGCAGCAGCAAUGAAGUCGGUAACAGAGCUGAAUGAAGCCCUUUCCAAUGAAGAAAGGAAUCUUCUCUCCGUGGCCUACAAGAACGUGGUAGGGGCGAGACGCUCAUCUUGGAGGGUGAUCAGCAGCAUCGAGCAGAAGACCUCGGCGGACGGCAAUGAGAAGAAGAUCGAGAUGGUGCGGGCCUACAGAGAGAAGAUAGAGAAGGAGCUGGAAUCCGUGUGCCAAGAUGUGCUCAACCUCUUAGACAAUUACCUGAUCAAAAACUGCAGCGACACACAGUAUGAGAGCAAGGUCUUCUACCUGAAGAUGAAGGGAGACUAUUACCGCUACCUUGCAGAGGUGGCCUCUGGCGAGAAACGUGCCACAGUGGUGGAAUCCUCGGAGAAGGCGUACGGUGAGGCCCACGAGAUCAGCAAGGAGCACAUGCAGCCCACGCACCCCAUUCGACUGGGUCUGGCCCUCAACUACUCGGUGUUCUAUUACGAGAUCCAGAAUGCUCCCGAGCAGGCCUGCCACUUGGCCAAGACCGCCUUUGACGAUGCCAUCGCCGAACUCGACACCCUCAACGAGGACUCCUACAAGGACUCGACCCUCAUCAUGCAGCUUCUCCGCGACAAUCUGACACUCUGGACAAGCGACCAGCAGGACGACGAAGGCGGGGAAGGGAACAAUUAAGCCAUGGGGGGGGAGGGGGAAACUGGCUGCUGCAGCUGCGACCGCAGUCUUUUUUUUUCCACUUGGGUGGGGGAGGGAGAGCUUCUGUUUACCCCCUCCCCUCACUCUCUGACGCCUCUUCGACAUUUGCCAAAACACCACUAGCGGAAAGUCAGACUUGGCCGUGCUGGUUCGGAAUGGGAGCCACACACUGGCAUUUGGACUGUUCUGUAGUUAAAUAAGUGGAGUUGUUUCAUUUAACGUAAAGCUAGAGAGAAGUAAAACUUGAAUGAUGAGGUCUGCACAAAAAAAUACUCUUGUGGUUUCAGUAACCUCCACUCUUUCAAAAAAAAAAACUCGUAUUAACAAAAUACAGUACAAGAUAUUUUAUUUAUAUUAAUUUGCCUAUUUAAAAAAAAAAAGACUAAUUUAUAAAGCCGUAGAUGUGUUUCCAGGCUCUCAUUUCCCUAAAUUAGAAUGAUUAUGGCUCAAGUCCUGAAAUAAAUGAUUUGCAAAGACCAAUAUUUCUAGAUUUAAAUAAUAGAACAAUUGAGAUCUAGUAGCAUCAGACCUAGUUCAAAACUGCUGGCAGAUGUACUUUUCACUGGAAAGACCUGCUUUUUUAUGAUUUAGAGCAACCCUUGUUAGCCAAUUGGAAUUUUUGUGCCUACCAUUGUUUAACUAACGGCAUUUCAGACCAGAGAUUAGUUAUUGCUACUACUUAGACCCCUCUACAUGUUACUGAAAGCAUAGGAUCAUUUGUUUGGGUCAGGCUGAAUCGAGGGCAGAUUUCAUAAAAGAAAAAUAAUGGGAAUUGAUCUUCAAGCAGCUUAUUUGUUUUUUUUAAAAAGAGAUGCACUUGCCUAUUAUGCUGUCUUAUCAAGUGUAAUAUGAUUAUUAUGCUUCAAUAUUGUGCAUGCUGGUGAUGUAUUUAAACAGUAGCUCAGAUUUAUUAACUUAUAGAUGUGAUGUAUUCUAAUGGCAAAAAUACUAGUCUUCAUAUGUAACUGAUUUGCUGGAGUAUGCUCUACCCAAAUGAUCGUAACAGUUGAUUGGUCUGUUAUGGACGUUACUAUAGUGACAUGCAAUUAUGUAAUUGACUUGUUGAAAGCACCAGUGUUCUAGCUUAAUCUUGAUGUCUGGUGUUUUGUUAUAGUGAAAUUAUUACAGUGUAGGAGCUUUUACCAGAACUUGUUAGUAUGAGGCUUCUGUUUGUGCUUUUGUCAUGUUAUGCAGUGAACUCUUACAGUUUGAGCAAGUGACUUGAUUAUUUUAUCUCCAACCCAGUGUAUCUGUGGGGAAACCCUUCCACACAAUGGACCAUUCCUUGGCAAUUUUCUCAGUGAUGGAAUAUCUUGAAUGUGAGUCAUUAUGUAGCAGUCGCACACAGGCUAAUAAAAUCGCAAAUCAGUU